AGAUCCAAUGUAGAAGCCAAAAAAACAAAAAUAGCAGCCAUCAAAAUAGAAACAAACAUUGGUUCAUCGUACGAAAGUCGAAUGAUAUUUCCUUGAACUUUCCUAGAAACCUGUCUUCACCUUCUUUCGAUUUUUUCCCGCUUUCCCUUUUUCUCACUUUCUUUUGCCGUUGGAAUCUUAUUAUCCGUUGAAAAAAGAAAGUUUGAGUCUCACUACAAACAGUUGAAUAAUUAAACCAAAAAACAAGAAAGAAAGAAAGAAACUUUAGAUCAGAUCUGAAAAACAGAUAUACAGUAGUUGAAGAAAAAGUGUUUAGUUGCUUAAGGAAAUGCAGACAAGGUAUCUGGAAAAACGUGCUUUGGAUCCAAGUAGUAGUGAGGAAGUUCAACCUGAUAGGAAACGACCUGCUCUUGCAAGUGUCAUUGUUGAAGCGCUAAAGGUGGACAGUCUGCAGAAACUAUGCUCAUCACUGGAGCCAAUUCUUCGAAGAGUUGUCAGUGAAGAAGUGGAGCGUGCUUUGGCUAAACUUGGUCCUGCUAAACUUAAUGCAAGGGUUUCUCCAAAAAGAAUUGAAGGGCCUGAUGGGAGAAAUCUGCAGCUUCAGUUUCGGUCCAAACUGUCACUACCUCUCUUCACAGGAGGAAAAGUAGAAGGAGAGCAGGGUUCCACGAUACAUAUUGUCUUGAUUGAUGGAAAUACAAACCAUGUUGUAACAUCAGGUCCAGAGUCCUCAGUUAAACUAGAUCUUGUUGUGCUUGAAGGAGAUUUUAACAACGAGGAUGAUGAUGGCUGGACUCAGGAAGAAUUUGAGUCUCAUAUAGUGAAAGAGCGUGAAGGAAAGAGACCUCUUCUUACUGGAGAAUUGCAAGUGAUAUUGAAAGAAGGUGUUGGCACCCUUGGUGAGUUGACGUUUACUGACAACUCCAGUUGGAUCAGAAGCAGAAAGUUCAGGCUAGGCUUAAAAGUAGCAUCAGGUUGUUGUGAGGGAAUCCGCAUUCGUGAGGCAAAAACGGAUGCCUUCACUGUCAAGGAUCAUAGAGGAGAAUUGUACAAGAAACAUUAUCCACCUGCAUUAGAUGAUGAAGUUUGGCGAUUGGAAAAGAUAGGGAAAGAUGGAUCCUUCCACAAGAGGCUAAAUAAAGCUGGCAUACAUAAAGUGGAAGACUUCCUUCGACUUGUUGUCAGAGAUUCACAGAGGCUCCGAAAUAUCCUGGGAAGCGGAAUGUCAAACAAGAUGUGGGAAGCUCUUGUGGACCAUGCAAAAACAUGUGUUCUAGGUGGGAAGCUUUAUGUCUACUAUCCUGAUAAUAUGAGAAAUGUUGGUGUUGUUUUUAACAAUAUCUAUGAGUUAUGUGGUUUAAUCUCUGGUGGACAGUAUCAUUCAAUGGAUUCUCUUACAGACAAUCAGAAGGUAUAUGUGGAUACUUUAGUAAAGAAGGCGUAUGACAACUGGAUGCAUGUUGUUGAGUAUGAUGGAAAAUCUCUUCUAAGCCUAGGCCAGAAUAAAACGUCAGUUUCGUCUCAAAAUGAUCUUACAAUUGGCUCCCAGAACCAUUCAACCUCUUUUGAUCAACAAAUUAAUUUACAAAGUCUUCCAGCUUCAAUCUCAGCAGAGCAGCCUGCUAUGAAUUCAGGACUGAACAUGGGAGGGUAUAAUGAUAGCCUCAGUAGCAGAUACACUAUGCAGCCUCAGAACAUGAAUCUAAAUGGCAAUGUGCAGUUAAAUGGUUCUUCAUUUCCUAUUCAAAACCAUUUGCUAGGUACGUCACAGCAAGCUCAGCCACAUGGAAGUGACAGCAUGCUGGCCCUUCGCCCACCACAGCCAUCAAUGUCUAGUUAUUUUGCUGCUAGCACGCCUAAUCCUUAUAAGGGAGCUGAGGACUUCUUAACAGAGGAAGAAAUACGUAUGAGAAGUCAUGAGAUGCUUGAAAAUGAAGACAUGCAACAUCUGCUUCGUAUUUUCAGCAUGGGACAGGGUCAUGCUUCUUCUAGUGUUGCGGAGGAGAAUUACCAGUAUGGAUCAUCAUACAUGCCCAACAUGUCUUCUACCUUUGGUUUUGAUGAGGAACGUACACGUUCUUCAGGUAAGGCUGUUGUAGGGUGGCUCAAACUCAAAGCAGCCUUGAGAUGGGGGAUUUUCAUCAGGAAGAAAGCAGCUGAAAGAAGAGCUCAAAUUGUUGAACUGGAUGACUCCUAGAUUUGAUUUUCCCCAUAGCAACCACUUGGAUAUGAUGUUUGAGAGCUUCCUUUAAGAAGUGUAUCAUCGCUCUUGGAAUUUGGUACGACAAUCCAUAAGGAUCUGGUGUUGGUUUGGGACCUGGAAGCCUCUUAUAACGUGUACAGUUAUGCCUGUCUAUGAGAUUGCUCUCUCCAUUAACAGAAUAACAUAAGCUGAUGAUAGUUUACUCAGCAUAUUAUAUGCAAUUGAAAGACUGGAGCAGUUUUCUUGGCUCUAGCUGAAGGGAAAUCCAAUGGUUUAAACCUGAUUUCUACUACUGGAAUGGAUGGAAUUGACUUCAUUUCCCUUAUUCUAACUCAAGAUUGUAGCAAUUUUAAUUUUAUGUUUCUGUUGACUGAUGCUGUAAGUGUUUUAUGGUAAUGAGUUAAUCAUAAUGUUUGCCUCAUAAAAACCAUUUAUUGUGAACAGAUCAUCAAAAUGUGAUACUGUAGACUUUCAAGAAUUUGUUAUAUUGAAUGAAUAAUCGUGUUUCAUUGAA